CACAAUGUGGUCUUGGGGGCUGGGGGAGGUGAGACGGGAAAGGGCGCGGGACCCCGUUUCUGACAGUAGGGGACCCGGGAGGGCUGGGCUAUGAAAGAACCCCCGGGUGCGGGGCCGGGGAGGGGGCCUGGCGAGGUUCGAACGCCGAGCUGGGGCUGGGUGACAUAUGUUUGCAGCGGUGGCCAAGAUGAAGCGAUCUGUCUUCCACGCGUUCAAAGUUGCUUUUGGGUUCCCUCCCCUUUUAACAGCAGGAAUUUAAGCUAUGAAGAAGGACAUCCCUCCCAGUCUGGACCAGAUCUCCAGAGACAGACGGUUGCAGCCUCUCAUCAGCUUCCUGCAUAUGCCCCUACACCUCAGCCAGCCGGACUUUCAGGAAUAUUUGAGACAAGUGUGAACAGUGCCAGCACCAACACUAAAGAAUCUUCUGUGAUGAAUUUUCUCUCCACUAUUGAGUCUCGAACUGCUCAGGCUGCUUCUUCAGGAACGAAUCUUCUACCACAAUUCAGGGCUCCAUCCUGGCAGACAGGCAUGCAUUCCUCAGCACCAACUGAGUUUGUCACUGGACCUUUGCCAACUACUGGAGCUCUUCCACCAUCUGCCCUCUCUGCUUACCACCAUCCUACCACCUUUAGCAAUAGAAACUUUGUUACCACCUCACCUUUGGUGCUUCAAGACUCAACUUUUAACACUACAUCAAAUGGAAUUUUAAAUCCUCAUGACCCUUUGCUACAAAUUAAGACUUCCCAGGGAACUAUUCCAACUGCUUUGGCAUUUGAGCGCCUAGGCAGUUCUGCAUUAAGUAACAGUGUACCACCUCAGUCUUCAACAUAUCGUUCAGCUCAAGAGUCUGCACCCCAUCUUUUACAACCUCAGUUUAGUUUGUUGCCUUCAGCACUGGGGGGUGCCCAGCAAACUCCUCAAGCUUACAGUUCAACUCUCUUCUCUAGUUCUGCUUCCAUUGAAAGAGCUCUUCUUCGAGAAUGUAGUGUUAUUAAACACCAUCAGCGGCCUUCAGGUACCCAGUCUAUUCAGGCACAACUGACUGGUUCACAGCAUUCCGUACAUAGUUAUCUAGCAAAUACAAAUGUGGUUAAUUUUCAGGAAACAACCAGGCAGUCGUCUUUACCUUGUAGCCCAAUAGGAGAUUCUACUCAGGUAAGCAAUGGAGGUUUGCAGCAGAAGACCCCACAGGUCUCUGUGGAAGUUGCUCAGUCUUACUCAUCUGCAAUUCCAUCAUCAGGGUAUCUUCCUGCUACAACAAAAGUAAACAGCUGUUCUACAAAACAAGCACUAACGUCAACUAAGACCCCACAACCUCAUAAUAUAAUUCCUGCUGUGCAAACACUAAGCUAUUCCAAACCCUUACAUAACCAGAGUUCUGUAAUAUCAGGUCAAGCACAAAUCUAUUCUACAGCACAGCUACCAAGCCUUUUAUCUGUCAGUCAGUCACAAAAUUAUGGUUUAGUACAGCCAUAUAAUGUGCCAUCUAUUGUUCAUUCACAAGUUUAUAGGCCCAGCAAGGUUGAGAAAUUGCCAUCCUUGUAUAAAACAUUGACUUUCUCUGGGUCAUCUCAGCCUAUAACUUCUGAAAAUCAGACACUUAGUUACUCAUCCACUCAGCAAGAAGUAUUAUCUUCAGUUACAAAUGAAAAUUACCCUGCUCAAACAAGAGAUCUUUCUUCAGUCAGUGAGUCUCAGAGUUAUUCAUCUGGUCACUCUCAGGGUUUAUCACCAGUUAGCCAGACACAGGUUAGUUUUUCAUCUCAAUCACAAGUUUUGUCAGUUGGUAGUCCUUCAGAAAGCUAUGCUUCGGGACAGUCCCUGACAUUAACAGCCCCAUCGCUUUCUUAUUCUUCUGCCUCUCAGCCCCAGAAUUUGUCAGAUUCUAACCCAAGCCAGAAUUACAUUUCUGUGCAUUCUUCCCAAAAUGCCCAGACUCAAGGGUCAUCAUCUCCUCAGCCCCAGAAGUUUUUGCCUGCUAUCCAGUCAUCAUCUUUUGCAUCCUCUACACAUUGUCAUGCAUUACAGAAUAAUAUAUCUUCCCCUGAUUCAAAGUCUUAUGCUGAAGGAAAACUCAGCUUAAAUGUGUAUACAUCUUCAAAGCAAGAAGGUAACUUUCCAAUGCAGGAGUUACAGGCGUUGCAAUCACAGGCAUCUCUUGAAUCUUCAGCCCAAAGGCUAUCAGAUGGGGAAAUUAAUGCUCCAGAAUCAACUUACAAGGUGUCCAAGGCGGAUGACAGAUACUCCCAGAGUGUAAUCAGAAGUAAUUCCCAUCUUGAAGAUCAAGUUGUUGGGAUUCCUAUACCAGGGCCAAAGAAAGAAGAAAACAUAGUCGGUUCAGUGACACAACUUAGCCAACAAAUUGGUCAAGCUAAUAAUGGAACAUCCCUUGAUCUUAAGGCAACUAAUUUAAUACAAAGUCCACAAAUAAGUUUGAAUACUAAAGAUUUAAACCAACAGCAUCCUCUUAUACAUAAAAUACAUGAAGCCAAGGUCCAGGAACAGCAUGAUCAAGUAAUUAAUGCCUCAUCUCAGAUUCAGAUUCCAAAUCAUACAUUAGGGCCUGGACAUCAGGCCCCUCAUACUAAUAAUACACAGGUCCUUUUAGAUUCUACCUGUGAUUUACAGAUUCUUCAGCAGUCAAUACUGCAGGCAAGUUUAGGACAAGUAAAGACAUCUUUACAAGUGCAGCGUGUCCAGAGUCCUCAACAAAUUGUACAUCCUUUCCUUCAAAUGGAUGGUCAUAUUAUUCAGAACAAUGGUGAUCAUUCUCAGCAGCAACUCCAUCCUCAAAAUUCUGAAAUUAUGAAAAUGGACCUCUCUGAAUCUUCGAAACCAUUGCAACAACAUUUGACAACGAAGGGCAAUUUCAAUCAAACAGAUCAACAAGAUUCAAAGAAUCAGUUUGUUUCUCUUGGAUCAAUAUGUUUCCCAGAAGCAAUGCUUCUCAGUGAUGAACGAAAUAUUUUAUCAAAUGUAGAUGACAUCUUGGCAGCUACAGCAGCAGUUUGUGGGGUUACACCUUCUGAUUUUUCCAAGUCAUCUCCAAAUGAAACCAUGCAAACUGUUGAAGAUGGUGAUUCUAAAUCUCAUUUUCCACAGCCAUUAGAUAUGAGGCAUGUGACAUCAGAUUUUAAUUCCAUAACAGCUACAGUAGGAAAACCACAGAAUCUAAAUGAUAUUCCCCUAGAUGGAAAUCAGGUUACUGUAAACAUUUCACCAGUACCAACCCUUCAGUCAAAAAUGACCCUUGAUCAACAGCACAUGGAUACACCUGGUCAAAGUCUACCAACUAAAGUAACUUCAGCAGGAGUUCGACCAAAUCAUGAAGUCCAGGAGCAAAGUUGUGGCCCAUUCAAGAAGCAGUCUGCUACCAGUCAUGAAUCUGAGGAAGACAGUGAAGUUCCUGUUGAUCAUACAUUAAAUAAUAACAGAAACCAAGAGUUUGUUUCCAGUAGUAGAAGCAUGAGUGGAGAGAGUGCUACGUCAGAGAGUGAAUUUACUUUAGGGGGUGAUGAAAGCAGUGUGUCAAUGGACCCUACUAGAAGUGUACUUGCACUGUUGGCUGUGGCCCAGCCUGGGGAUACAAUCAGUGUCAAGCUUGAAGAAAACCAAGAUUUAAUACAUCUUAACCUUCCAAAGAAAAAGGUGAAAGGGAAAGGGCAAAUUAAAGAGGAAGACAUCAGUAAUCAGAAACAGCUGAAAAGACCUGCCCAGGGCAAACGCCAGAAUCCCAGGGGAACAGAUAUGUAUCUACCAUAUACUCCUCCUCCCUCUGAAAGCUGCCAUGAUGAUGAUCAGCAUCAAGAGAAAAUGAGACAGAAGAUCAAAGAAGUAGAGGAAAAACAGCCAGAAGUCAAAACAGGAUUUAUCGCUUCUUUCUUGGAUUUUCUGAAAUCUGGCCCCAAACAGCAGUUUUCUACUCUUGCCAUCCGAAUGCCUAACAGGACCAGACGCCCAACGACCCAGAUUAUGCGUACAUUUUGCCCCCCUCCAUUUCCAAAAAUUUCAUCUACAACACCCACACCUUUAGUGACGGAAACUAGGGCUAACAGUCCUUCGGAAAAAGUUGAUAAACUUAAAAGCUUGGAACAUUCAUCUUCAUUUUCUUCCGAUGAAGAUGAUCCUGGAGUGUGCAGUCAGGAUGUUUAUAAAACCAUCUCUGCUUCCUUAACUGUGCUGGAUGCUACUUCUAAUAAAAGGAAGAAAACAGUUUCAGAAGCCCUACAGGUGGCAACUCCUAGCCCAUCUGCCAUUACAACUGGUACUGCUACGACUUCUUCCACCACUGUGUGUGCAGCUAAGCAAGAACCUCUCCACUCUACUUCCUCUGCAGUAAACAGCAUGGAAAAUAUAAAUGCCACUGAAACCCCAAAACCCAUCGAACUUGGUAGUCUUCCUUCAGACCAAUUGGCAAAAGGACAGGACACUGUUGCCAUAGAAGGUUUUACAGAUGAGGAAAACACAGAGAGCGGAGGAGAAGGCCAAUACAGAGAGCGUGAUGAAUUUGUGAUAAAGAUAGAAGACAUAGAGACUUUUAAGGAGGCUUUAAAAACAGGUAUGGAACCCCCAGCUAUUUGGAAAGUACAGAAAGCUUUAUUACAGAAAUUUGUUCCUGAAAUUCGAGAUGGACAAAGAGAAUUUGCAGCUACAAACAGUUACCUAGGAUAUUUUGGAGAUGCGAAGAACAAAUACAAAAGGAUAUAUGCAAAGUUCAUUGAAAAUGCAAACAAAAAGGAGUAUGUCAGAGUAUGUUCCAAAAAGCCAAGAAAUAAGCCUUCACACACUAUCAGAACUGUUCAGGCCAAACAAAGUACUAGCAGUAAAACUACAGAUCCUCCAUCAUCAAAAACUACAAGUACAAAAGUCCCUGCCAUGAAACCCAAAGUUAAACAGCUAAAAAUAAAGGCUGAGCCACCACCAAAGAAGCGGAAGAAAUGGAAAGAAGAAUUUUCAUCAUCGCAUUCUGAGUCAUCUCCUGAUUUUCAGUCUAGUAGUACCGAGGACGAGGAAUUUGAUCCUCCAGCUCCUUUUGUCACUCGGUUUUUGAACACAAGAGCAAUGAAAGAAACUUUCAAGAGUUAUAUGGAACUGCUUGUUAGUAUUGCCUUGGACCCAGACACUAUGCAAGCCUUAGAGAAGAGCAAUGAUGAGCUACUUUUACCUCAUAUGAAAAAAAUAGAUGGCAUGCUGAAUGAUAAUCGAAAAAGACUUCUUUUGAAUCUUCAUUUAGAUCAGCCAUUCAAGAAUGCUUUGGAGAGUUUUCCUGAACUAACAGUAAUUACUCGAGACUCUAAAGCAAAAAGUGGAGGAUCUGCUAUUUCUAAAAUCAAAAUGAAUGGCAAAGCUUAUAAUAAGAAAACUCUGAGGACUUCUAAAACAACCACUAAAUCUGCACAGGAGUUUGCCGUUGAUCCAGAGAAAAUACAGCUGUAUUCUUUGUACCAUUCACUCCAUCAUUAUAAAUAUCAUGUUUACCUGAUGUGUAAAGAUGAGAUUUCUUCUGUGCAGAAAAAAAAUGAAGACUUAGGACAAGAGGAAAUUGUUCAACUUUGUAUGAAAAAUGUAAAAUGGGUGGAGGACCUAUUUGAAAAAUUUGGAGAACUUCUAAAUCAUGUUCAGCAGAAAUGUUCCUAACGUUUUUCCACAAAUCCCAUCUUUUUAUAGCACUAAUGAGAUUGUGAGGGGUGGUCACAAAUAAUCAGUGUCAAGCAGUGGUCUCCUGCACAUAUGCGCCUCCAUUGUGGAUCCUUUACCAGGGCCUUUGCUGAAGGACAGAGGUGCUGCCAAGGCAGUCAGUCCUUAGAAAUGGACCUUCAUCCCAUGACAUUUUUAGCCUAAUGAAUGAUUUUUCUAUUUUGUAAACCAUUGCGUAACUGAGUUUUAUUUUCAGAAGUGUUUGGCAAGUGAUGAAGCAUGCACUAAAUAUAAUUUUUCUUUAUUGAUAGAGAAAUAACACCUAAAUAACUUGAUUGUCAGACUCUGGCUAAAUAUCUUAGUGAAAGAGAGGUGGCAGAAAGUUUGCAUUCCAGUCUAGCCACAAAACAAACUAUUGUACAUUAUGUAAACAGAUCUGGUGUGCUGUGACAUCUUGUAUGAGAAUAUCAUCAACUUUAAAUGUAAAAUUCAGAAACUGCAUUCUGCUUUAUGGACUCUUUGACAUAUUCAGGAAACUGGAUAUGGAAUUGGUGCAAUUCUGUGCUUUUUGUGUCAAACUAUAUUGUGAUGAAAGAAACAGUGACAUACUAUUUUCCCUAUCUCAAAAAA